AUGGCCGACGAUUCUAGCUUGCCCAAAGCCGGGGAUGCAAAGACAGCCCCGGACUCAAGCUCACCUGCAAUAGAAGAGCUGCCGGAGCAACAUAGUGUGCACAAAAGUGAGGAUGAAGAGGAAUACGAAGAGGAAGGAGAAGAGGACAGCGAGGAGUCGGACGAUGAGGAUGAAGAGCCACAGCUCAAAUACGCAUCUCUGACGAAGAGCAUCGGCACGUUGUACCGGAACGGCGAUGCGACAAGCACUUUUCUCGUCGCUGGAGAUAAAAUGGUCGUUGGCACCCACAAUGGGAAUAUCCAUGUCCUCGAUGCUCUGACCUUCCAACGCAUCCGAGUCUAUCAUGCGCACUCAGCGAGCGUUACUUCUGUGUCAAUAUCGCCGUUUCCGCCGCCUCUGGCUUCUAGGUUAGAGGUAAAGAACGCAUCUCUGGCAGACACGUCAAGCGUUGCCUCAGACCCUUCCAAAUCCCCUAGCCAGCCCCGACAGACGAUGAUACCUCAUAUCCCUUCGAAUGCGAUAUACAUUGCCACAUCUUCUAUAGACGGAAAUGUAUGCGUUUCAUCAUUGUUGGAUCCAAAAGAUGUGCUCCUUCGGAAUUUCGGGCGCCCCGUCCAAGCUGUCUCUCUCUCUCCGGACUAUAAAAACGACAAGUCAUAUUUAUCUGGGGGCCGAGCUGGAGAGUUGGUUUUGACUGUGGGCGGACGUGUUGGAACGAGUUCAAAUUCGACCACGAUGACAGGAGCUACUGCGAACCCCAGCGGCUGGCUCGGAGCCUUGGGCUUUGGUGGAAACAAUGGUAAAGACACCAUUCUACACUCUGGCGAAGGCAAUAUAAGCGCAAUCAAAUGGUCAUUGUCCGGAAAGUAUGUUGUGUGGGUCAAUGAAGAAGGGAUUAAGAUCAUGCGAUCUCACCUACACCUAGACCACGCUCACUCUGAAUUUGCAUGGAAGCGAAUAAGUCAUGUAGAUCGACCUCGCAAUCCGCAAUGGGACGAAAUGGCAGGGGUAUGGAAAGCCAGAGCAGAAUGGGUCGAUGAAGCUCUUCAGUCCGGUGGUCAAGGCCCGUCCAGUGAGCCGCAGGUCGCGCUGCCGAAAGAUGGGCAAAUGGAAAAACUAGUUGUUGGCUGGGGCGGUACCAUCUGGGUUAUCAAUGUUUUUCCUUCUGGACACGGCAAGGGACCCCAAGCAAAAAUUAUCGGCUCUGCAGAAGUUGCCACAAUAUUACGCACGGACUGCGUGAUAUCCGGAGUUUCGCUUUAUACCCCUAACGUGCUUGUUGUCCUUUCGUACUUGUCCAAGGAUGAUGAUAACAAAUCUAAACGAAAACAGGCCGGUCCGACUCGUGGGAUUAGACACCGACAAAAUGGGCUGGAGCCCGAGUUGAGACUCAUUGAUGUCGAGACAAAAGAAGAACUCAGUGUCGAUACGCUUACUGUCCGCCGUUAUGAAAGCCUCUCUGCAUCUGAUUACCACCUCGGCGUGCUGUCUCCUGCUAAAAUCGUGAAUACACCCACCCGUCGAGGCACCUUUGAAACGAUAGGAACUGGGAUAUUGGACGCCACGUUAUAUCCGACUCGCCUUUUCAACUCAGGUACUAGCAUUCGCAGCACAACGAGCAGUAGUGAUCGAAGAUCGAGCUUGAAGCCUUCAAGCUCUAUUAAUGCGCCAGGGCUGCUUCUUGGCGAGCACGACAAUAAGGAGUUGGCUAUUCUCGCCAGCGAGGGAACGAAAGUUUUUAUUCAUAGCCCCUAUGACUGCAUAGUUGCUGCGAGGAGAGACGUGACAGACAGGCUAUCUUGGCUCAAAGAGCAUGACAAGUUUGAAGAAGCCUGGGAACUUCUUGAGCAGCAUCCGGAGGCAGUAACCUCAGGGAUUGAAGAAACUGAGAGCCCUUUGAGCACUCCCAAACAACAUCGAAUGUCACUCACUGGGCUGUUUGAUGAUAGGAGCCUGUUAGAGACAGGUAAACGUGCUGAAGAUUCGAGACUGGAGUCGGAAAAACUGCGAAUUGGCGAAUCGUGGCUAGACCAGCUUGUUAACGAUAAAGAUUGGCAGACGGCAGGGGAUGUAUGCGGUAAAGUCCUUGGUACAACGUCGAAGUGGGAACAUUGGAUAUGGAUCUUCGCAAAAAAUGACAAGUUCGACGAGAUAGUCUCACACGUUCCUAUUGACAUUCAUCCUCCGCUCCCUGGCCUGAUAUAUGAAGUCAUUCUCGGCCAUUAUGUUUCUCGAGACCGCAUUAAAUUUAAGGAGCUUCUUGAUCUCUGGCCGCCAAAUCUCUUUGAGAUCGACAGUGUCAUAGCCGCGAUUAAUGAACAGCUCAAGACUUCCACUGCGCCAGAGGGAACAGACGAUUACCGCCUUUUAACAGAGUGCCUUGCAAAGCUGUUCUUAGCUGGAGGUCGCUAUCGUGAAGCUCUGCGCUGCUAUAUUCGACUUCAAGACGCCGAAACCGCCAUGGCCCUUAUUCGAGAACAUCAUUUGCUGGCUGCAGUUGCCGAUGAUAUUCCAGGAAUCGUUUCAAUAAGAGUUUCAAAAGAACGGAUGGAAUCGGCGUCGAUCGCAGAGCUCGAAGAAGCUACGUCUGAACCUAUCAAGCUUCUUGUGCGGGAGGCUGUUAAUGGAAUUGUGCAGCCUGCCACUGUCAUAUCUCAACUUCAAGCCGCGGAUUUGCAUCUGUUCCUCUAUUUUUAUGCUCGUGCACUUUGGAAAGGGGACUCUCUGUCUUCGACCACUGACCAUGCGGCCCCAGCACGAGGACACCAUCGAACAGGGGCUGCCGAAAAGCUUGUCGCGGAUGAAGGCAGGUUAUUGAUAGAUGCAUUCGCAGAUACGGUGGUAGAGCUAUUCGCAGAUUAUGACCGUCCGUUACUCAUGCAAUUCCUGCAGUCCAACACAUCGUAUUCAUACGAGACGGCUUGCUCCAUUUCGGGAACCGCGAUUGAUCCGAUUAAACUUGUGCAACGAAUUCCAAGUGGUUUGGAGAUUCAAGGAUUGAGAGAGGGCUUGACCAGAAUGAUCCGCGAGCACGACAUCCAAGCCAGUAUCAGUCAAGGCGUCGCCAAAGUGCUUGCCGGCGAAGUCUCAAUUCGAAUGGAUACGCUGCGCAAAGGGCAACGACGAGGUAUUCGUUUUGAUAUUAUCCACGACGAUGAAGCCGAGCCUAAUGAAGGAACACCGCAAGCGAAUCAGCAGCAGCGAGAUGAUGAAGAGGGGACAGUUGAACCGUCUGAGAAAAAGCAAACCUCACAGCCCGGUCGCUGUGCUGGUUGUCAUAACAAGUUUGUUGAACAUGAAAAAGAAGCCCUGGUCGGCUUCGCAUGUGGGCAUGUUUAUCAUUUAUCACAUCUCCACCCGAGUUCAUCAGGCAAUUCGUCUGGCGAAGAAGGCAGCGCAUCACCUGAGCACCCACAGUCAGUUUCAUACGAGGAUUCAUCGCCUAUAUUCUCACGUACCGUUGGCCUGAAGGUCACGAAUGCAAGAUUGUUACGUGACAAGAUUGGCGAUGGGUGCCAGGUGUGCGCGUCGAAGAGGGUGACUGAAGAGCAAUAA